ACUGCGCUGAUUGGCUGCGAGGCGCGGGCCGCGUGUGAUGUCCCGGGCAGCGAUUGGCUCUCGCCUGCUCAGGUCUUCUCUCCCGGGGACUCGGGACUCCCGGGAAGUGGACUGGGCAGAGGAGGGGGCGAGCUAGCUGUCGCUCCGGACCAAGGAGGAGACCCCGGUGUGAGGCGGCCUCUCAGUGCCGGGUGGGCUGGUGAGCUGACGCGGCGGCGGCGGAGGCUGUGAGGAGCGCGUGGGCUAGGGACCGGCACAGAGGCCGGCACCGAGAAACCAUGGCCCCGCAGAACCUGGGCACAUUCUGCCUGUUGCUGCUGUACCUCCUCGGGGCCGUGAUCGCCGGGCGAGAUUUCUAUAAGAUCUUAGGGGUGCCUCGCAGUGCCUCUAUAAAAGACAUUAAAAAGGCCUACAGGAAACUAGCCCUACAACUUCAUCCUGACCGGAACCCUGAUGAUCCUCGAGCUCAGGAGAAAUUCCAGGAUCUAGGUGCUGCUUAUGAGGUUCUGUCAGAUAGUGAGAAACGGAAACAAUAUGAUACUUAUGGUGAAGAGGGAUUAAAAGAUGGUCAUCAGAGCUCCCAUGGAGACAUUUUUUCUCACUUCUUUGGAGAUUUUGGUUUCAUGUUUGGAGGAACUCCUCGUCAGCAAGACAGGAAUAUUCCAAGAGGCAGUGAUAUUAUUGUAGAUCUAGAAGUCACUUUGGAAGAAGUAUAUGCAGGAAAUUUUGUGGAAGUAGUUAGAAACAAACCUGUGGCAAGGCAGGCUCCGGGCAAACGAAAAUGCAACUGCCGGCAAGAGAUGCGGACUACCCAGCUGGGCCCAGGUCGCUUCCAGAUGACCCAGGAGGUGGUGUGUGACGAGUGCCCUAAUGUCAAACUAGUGAAUGAAGAACGAACACUGGAGGUAGAAAUAGAACCUGGGGUGAGAGAUGGCAUGGAGUACCCCUUUAUUGGAGAAGGUGAGCCUCAUGUGGAUGGAGAGCCAGGGGACCUGCGGUUCCGAAUCAAAGUUGUCAAACACCCAAUAUUCGAAAGGAGAGGAGAUGAUUUAUAUACAAAUGUGACAAUCUCACUAGUCGAAUCUCUGGUGGGCUUUGAUAUGGAUAUUACUCACUUGGAUGGCCACAAGGUACAUAUUUCCCGGGAUAAGAUCACCAGACCAGGAGCCAAGCUAUGGAAGAAAGGAGAAGGGCUCCCCAACUUUGACAACAACAACAUCAAGGGCUCUUUGAUAAUCACUUUCGAUGUGGAUUUUCCAAAAGAACAGUUAACAGAGGAAGCAAGAGAAGGUAUCAAACAGCUAUUGAACCAAGCAUCGGUGCAGAAGGUAUACAAUGGACUGCAAGGAUAUUAAGAGUGAAUAAAAUUGGACUUUGUUUAAAAUAAGUGAAUCAGCGAUAUUUAUUAUCUACAGGGGUUUUUUUGUGUGUGUUUUUGUUCUUAUUUUCAAUAUGCAAGUUUGGCUUAAUUUUUUUCUCCUAACGAUUGUCAUGAGAUGAAUAAGAGGGCUUAAGAAUUUGUCCAUUUGUGUUCAGAAAAGAAUGACCAGCAAAAGGUUUAAUAAUACCUCUCCGUUUGGGGAUUUAAUGUCUGGUGCUGCUGCCUGAGUUUCAAGAAUUAAAGCUGCAAGAGGACUCCCGGAGCAAAAGAAACACAAUAUAAAGGGUUGGAGUUAACUGUUAGCUACUUCGUUCAAAAUGCCAACUGGAGAAGUCUGUUUUUAAAUACAUUUUGUUGCUAUUUU